AUGGGGAAGAAGAGAGGCGAAGAAAGCCCUAACCCGAGCGAGCUGAAGGAAGGACACAAUUUACUCGGCGCACCGACUUUCGAGCAGCUGGAGAAUGGCCGGCUCAAGUGCGUGGAGACCGGCCACGAGCUGCCGCCUCACGCCAGAGACUCCUACGCCGACUCUAAGCACUGCCGGCUGGGGCUCAUCGACGCCGCCCUCGCUCGGAACAAGCCACCCCUCAACAUGUUCAAGCAAGACCCGGCCGCCCGCAAAGGUUUGUGCAUUGUGGAGAAAGAAAAUCAUAGACCAAAUUCAAGAAUACACCUUUACCUAGAGAACCCCUCCGAAAUCUAA